AGGGCCAGUGAGGGUAGCUGUCUGUAACAACUUGCUGUACGCUUUUGGUGGCGGCGAUAGAAAUACGUUCGAAAGCACUGAAAGAUUCGAUCCCGCUACUGAAGCAUGGUCGAGUGACGUAGCUCCCAUGUCCCAUGCCCGGAUUGGACAUGGGCUGGCCACGCUUGACGGUUUCAUUUAUGCGGUGGGCGGACUUAGUGAUGCAGGAGCUCUGAAUAUUGUUGAACGAUAUGAUCCUCGCCGAAAUCAGUGGACCAGUGUAGCAUCUAUGGGUGAAAACGACACGGACAUUCUGUCUCUGUGCUCAACGGCUGUUUAUACGCCGUUGGA